GGAGAACUUGAUCUUGACCAACACGUUUGGAUUCAUAGGGGAAAAAAGCCUACAAUUAAACCUAUAUAGCCUACUGAGUUAUAACUACCAAGAAGGUUUCAUCCACUGCCAAACUUGGAUAUCUGGACCCCACAUCAAUCUUCUGGGAACUUUAUUUAUUUAUUUAGUUUUUGUUUCCUCAUUUUCAAAACAUUUUUUUUCUCUUUAUUUUUUUUCAAUCCCACUCUUGGGAUUAAACCCUCGCCCAGUCCGUGUGGUCGCCCCCCUCCUUCCCGCCUCAGAGAGGGUGUAAAGUUAAAGUUGGCCCGGAGAUGCAGUCCCUUCUCCCGCUUGCUGUGUAUUGCAUCAGCCUGGUUUCCCUCCAGCAGCUGCUGGCUCUGCCGGCGGAGGAGCGUCCCGACAGGAACAGGUCGGACCUCCUCAACAAGCUCAUCGACCAAACGGAGGAUAAAGCCUUGGCAUCAGAAAGCCAGACUUACACUGACGUCCCGUCUUCAGCCCUCAGGCGAUUCCCAAAUUGGCUGCCUGGUUUCCUCAGGCACCGUCCAGCUUCAGGAGCGAGAACAGCCUCACCAAACCUGGCAUGGGCACGGCCCACUAAGGCGCAGCAGAUUGAGAGGAGGCCCCUGAGAGCUCGUCGCCAUGCCCACUCAGGAUUGCGGGGUGGUCACCACUACCCCCACCAUGCCCAGCUGAUGAGAGUGGGCUGCGUCUUGGGAACCUGCCAAGUGCAGAACCUCAGCCACCGGCUCUAUCAGCUCAUCGGUCAGAGUGGCAGAGAAGACUCAUCCCCCAUAAACCCCAGGAGCCCCCAUAGUUAUGGAUGAGUUAGCUGAUACCCCCAAACACCCACAGCAAGUCUAUCUAUAUCUCCAGUUAUUUAUCUCUUAAUGUAUUACUGGUAGUCUUUGCAUUAGAGUUUGAUGUAGUCCAUAACUUUUGUUUUUCUAUCUCAAAUAGACAAUUAUACUCCCCAUAAAGGACUGUUGUGCCUCAGAAUUUGAAGAUUCAAAUUCAAGAUUGUGACUGAAUCAUUCUUCCACCCACAAUUUGAGUUCUCCCACCAUCCAGAGAACAUUUGCCUUUUGAAGGACGUUCUUGUCUUUUUGGUACUCCCCCCUGAAUGCUCACAUAAAGCCAUGAGGCCUCAGUUUGACGUCUUAAUCCUGUUAAUAUAAGAAUGAAGGCUUGUCCUCAACACCAUCCAGUGGCCUGGUCCUGUCUGCCAACUGAACUCCCCAGCGGUGCUUAUACCACAACUCAUUGAUCAAACACCUAAGCCCCUAAUGUGGAUUUCAACCUGCACAUAAAGCUGGAGCCCUGUCAAAACCAAUGAAUUCCCAAAGACCCCGUAAAUGACCCAGUGAACCCUUUUACCUCUUUUUUGUGCCCCCCUUUUGCCAAUUUUGAAAACUCCCAGACUAUUUCACAACUGCAUGUGAACACUAACAUCCCUGGAAUAUUCCACAAGCUCUCAGCUGGGAACUCUUCACUCAGCAGGACUUUGUGUUUCAGAACCACAAUUUAGAUUUGAAACCAGCCACAGCACUUAGGUUACACCCGAGUUUAAGAGCAUUCUGACUCAGAACUCAACCGCAUAAAGUCCAUGCUGAAAUGAAAAAGAAUAGGGUCAUCAUCCAGUGCCUUGGGAAGACUCUAUACAGAAACUCACUCCCCAAAGGAUCCAUUUCAAUGUUGCAUAUAGUAGCCUGUUGGACUAACACAGGAGGUGGCAAAGUAACCUUGGAGCCAUGGAUCAGGGCUCUGUCGCACCACUGCUGGCACUUUCCCCACCAGAGGCCAAGUCUGAAAUAUUAGCCUUUUCACAUGAUUCAUAAGUUCCCCUUGCAAGUCAGGACUUUGGGUUGACAGCAGUUUAUUAAACCUGACCUAAUCACUUCAGGCAUAUGUGCCGCCACAGCAGGACAGGGGGCUCAGCCUCCUUUGGUCUGCACACUUAAUGCCAAUACAUAAAUAUAAAGAACAAAGCAUGUGGCUCCCACACAUAUGCACACGUGCAGCCUUGAAGUUUGCAGAUAUUAGGGUAGGCUCGCCAAGAAUACAUUUAAAAAAAUUCCCUCACUUUGCAGCAUAUUUGGGGGAUUUUCCAGAGUAACAUGGAUUCUUAUUCUGGAGAGAAAUGCUGCUGUUAAAUGUUUUAAUGCCAUUUUCUUGUGCUGUUAGAAGCACGGACACAAUUUCAUUUAUCCCUAUUGUAUUGAGGUGGAGGUAGAAAUCUCUAAAAGUUGGCAAAUACACCAAUAGUAAUUCAAACAGUAAUGUUGCAAAUGAAUGGAGAGAUAAAGGACAAAAGUUCCUUACAUUUCCAAAAGGCAGUGCUUGGCAACUUUGAAGUAUAGACUUUAGGCUUGGGCGAUAUCUAUUUUUUUUAUAUUUUCAUACCUUUCUGAAACUUCAUGGGAGUAAACGAUAUAUGACAGCAUUUGUGUGUAUGGUGCCCCCCUCGUCUGUCUGGUGAGUUGGCUAUGUUCCACAAGCUCUCUUAGCUUUUUCAGGCUAAUAAAUGAACAUUUUAACCUCACAAAUUGUCAAGAAAGGUAAUAUUUUUACUGUGCAAAUUCUGAAUUCAACUUUGUCUGUCACCAAACGAAGACUAACGUUAGCUUAAUAGUCUUGCUAACUCAUCAUAAAACACCCUAUUUUCAAACUCAGUGAAACAAAAUAAAACUCAUUAAAAUCAUAUUAGUCUUGUUAGUCAUUAAGUUAGUUUGUCCACUGUUCCAAAAAUCACCAACUUUGCUUGGUUUGGUUGAAAAAAACCCCUGAUUUACCGAGUUAGAUGUGAAAAUAUGUUGUUUUUCCUCACUUUCUUUCACUGCUGUUGCUAGCUAAGCUGUUGUUUACAGUCCUGUAACAACCUCACCACUCGCAGUCGCCAUGUUUCGUAGCUUCCACCAGUAAAGACUGACCUAUGGUGGCGCGGGAUGUGCACUACAUACACCACAUCCUCAAUACAGCACCUCCAUAUGAGUUUAAUAGGAAGAUGAGUGUCUGUAUUUUAGACGGUAUUGAAAAUAAUACUGGUCAGACUUCUCAAUACCCUGGCAUACACUAACACGGUAAUAUUGCCCAAGCCUAGUGGUAUACAAUAUAAACAAUCCUAUUGUCAGUAAAAGGCACCCUGGUUGUUAACAUGUAGUAUGUAAAAUGGGUUUAGGCUCGUCCUGAGGCGGCGGCUAGAAGCUCUACUGCUACAUUAUGGGUUUCUCAUGAGAGACCACAGUGACCAAAAUGUUAGGUGUGCCCGAUUUCAAAUAUGUACAAAAAAUAGCAAAGCACCAUCAAAAAUACAUGCCCUGACAUUUCCUCUCUAUAUUUGUCCGUCUCUGAAAUGGUGGGCGGGCGACAGACUUGGAAUAAUUUAGGUCACGCUCUACUCAUCAAGCAAGCUAAAAUUUGGCCUGAGACUUUCCAAAAAUGCAACCUUGUAUAUAAAACCCACAUUUUUGCUGAGAAACAUCAUUUUAUUACAUAUUAUUGACAUACUUCUAAACUUCUAUUCCAGGACUUUACUAUCUGGCAGCCUGAUCUUAACCUGCAGGGAGUGGUUGAAUGUUUCAAAGCGGGAAUAGUAGCCGAACUGUUGGCCCUCUUUCUGAUUUAUGUACACAGUUAUUUAGAUGAUCUUAUCUAGUAUUUUAGCCUCUUUUUAUUUUGCAUAUAAUUUCACAAACAUGAACAUUUGGUAUUCCUGAGAGCAUUAGUUUAAACUCACCAAAUACCUGGCAAUACUUGACAAAUCGAAUGACUUUACAUGUGAUCUGCAUCAUAUAAUAAUGUAUUCUUUUUUAUCUUAAUCUGUGUCUUCUGAUUUUACUAUGUGUCUUUACUCUUUUUUUUACAUUCAGUGUCUCAGCCUCAUCUUGGCUCUCUUUUUUCUUCUGUCUGUAAUCAUGGAGGUCACAGGGUAAUAAUCAGUGGUGUCUUAGUCUUAAAUCUAAUCUGUUCAAAGGCUUGCUGAGGUGAAAUAUGCCAUUCUCUCUGCUGUAAUGGAGCUAAUCAAUGUCUCGUGACAGAUCAUUAAAAGGCUUUUCAAAUGCUGAAAAAUCCUGGUGGAUCUCUCUGCUUUUUAAAAUGUACUACUUCAGACACACGUGACGUGUGUGUGGGUAUGUGUUGAGCUGCUGUAUGUAGCCUAUCAGGACUCUUAUCUCCUGUGUUUGAUCUGUGCUCUGGACCAUUGUGCUCCCAUCCUUUUUUUCUUUUUUUUUUUUGCGCAGUAUGUUUUUGUGACGUCAGGAGUUGCGUCAUGUCAAGUUGUGUUAGCAAACUGUGCGCGACCGUCAAUACCUCCCCACAGAAACACCUUUCAUGGCUCUUUGUUGCAAAGAGGAAUGAGUGCAGAGUGUAAAUGUUACUUUUGUAAGAUGGUGUAGAUCCAGGUCGUUGUUAGUAGGUUUCUUUUUGCUGAUUUUCCAUUUGAAAGUCACAUGAUGUCCUUUAGGGUCACAGGAAAGCACUUUAACGCAAACACGUGUGAAUCUAACUCAUUGUAAUGAACUCGUGAAAGUUGGACAAGAUUCCUCCUGUAAAUGUUGCAUUUGGGAUUAUCUGCGAAUGUGUUUGAAGACGUCAGUGCACUCCAUGUGGAGUUGGGAUGACUGUGAACGUCGUGUGCACCUGUGAAUAUAUCUAUAGAAAUAUAUAUUUAGUCAAACUAUUUAAAGAAAGUUAUGUAUUUAAGUUAUCUUUGUAUGUUAAUAUCUGUAUGUCACCAAAGACUAUUUAUCUCUUUUCCACUGCUCCUUAAACAUGACCUUUUGGUAGGAAACAAAGUCUUAACUGUAGUUAAAAUGUUACUGUUUGACAAUGUCUCUGUAAAAUAAAGAAUUAUACUGUAAUAAGAUGA